ACCUAGGGUUUUCAAUUCCAAGUGUUGUAUAUGUUUCUGGCAGUGGUUAUCAUCACCAGCUCUUUAUUCUCUCUUAAAAAGAAUUUCCAAGUCUUCUUUUUCCUCUCUCUUGGGUGAGGCCAGAGAGGUGUAAAACUGGAACAUCAAAAGUCAUUCUAAAACAACCUGUAGAUGGCACUAAAUUUCAUAAUCACUUGCUGUUUGUUGAAAUCAUUCACAUGUUCUUGAAUUGAUAUGGUGAUUAAGGAAGCCAGCUAAUAAGAAAGAUGAUGAAGAGUAGUGAUAGUUUUGAAGGCUCUAAGUCAAGCUAUUCUCACAAGAAAGUCAGCGAAGAUGGUGAGGCUGAUGAGGAAGUGGACAAAGUUUGCAGCUGCAAGCUAAGAAAUGAUGGAGACACCACAAGCAAUAGCUCAGAUGAUGAAAAGAAUGAAAAGAAGGAAGGAACUACUAGAUCUGUCCGGCAAUAUAUUCGUUCGAAGAUGCCAAGACUCCGGUGGACGCCUGAUCUCCAUCUUUGUUUUGUUCAUGCAGUUGAAAGACUAGGAGGGCAAGAGAGGGCAACACCAAAGUUGGUUCUUCAAUUGAUGAACAUCAAAGGCCUAAGCAUAGCUCAUGUGAAAAGCCAUCUUCAAAUGUAUAGAACCAAGAAGAUUGAUGAUGCUAAUCAAGGGCAAGGGCUCUUAUUUGAAGGAGGUGCUCACAAUAUCUUCAACUUUAGCCAGCUUCCCAUACUAAAAGGUUUCAGUCAAAGGCCUUUUACCAGUUUAAGAUAUGGGGAUGCUUGGAGAGGUCAUGAUCACCAGAUUUAUGGCCCUUUCAUGGGAGAAGGAACCACACUCAAUAGAGGCAAACAAGAAAAUUAUGGCUCGGUUGCAGAUAGAUUUCUUGGAUGCAAUACUCAUAAUUCACCUAAUUAUGAUUCCAAUAUCAAUAACAAUUCUUCUUCUUCCCUCAAUGGACAAAUUCAUCAAUCUUUCGACUCGCUCAAGUCGUUUCGCAGAUACUGUCAGAUGGAAAGUUCAAAUCCAGGUUCAUUGGAUUUCAACCCCAAGUUGCAAGGAAGAGGAACAGAUGUAGAAGAACAAGGAGAAGAAGCUUGUUUCAAGAAUCAUAGCUCCGGCCUGAACAAAAAUUGGACAACAAUUCAAGAAAUGCGAAACAAGCUAAAAAGGAAGAAUUUGGAUUCAGAUUGCAACUUGGAUUUGAACUUAUCUCUCAAAGUAACAAUGAAAGAUGGGAUUGAGAAGGGUUUGAAGGGUGAUCAUGAUAAUGAAGUUGAUAGCAGUUUAUCUCUUUCCUUAUCUUCAUCUUCUUCUUCGAAGCUUAGUGGGUUAAAGCAGGAACAUGAUCAAGAUGGAAGUAGGAAGCAUACAAGAAGGGCAAGUACUCUAGAUCUGACUCUAUGAAUAAGACAAAAUUCCAAGUGAGAUCUUGAGGUACUUGUCCAGAAGCAAUGCUCAAAAUGAUCAUGUCGUAUUUGUAUCAGAACAUUACAAGAGGUAAUUAUUUGUCAAUUAUAUAAAUUUUUUUUUUUUAUCUUUUUAUUUGGUUGCUUGUGUGCGGAUACAAGCUUUUAGGAUUCAAUUUUGGUUAUACCAAGAAAUUAAUAUAUAUAUUAGAUGAUGAAUAUAUUUUUAGCACUACAAAAUAUGCACAUUGGGUUCUGGGUAUUGUUUUCAGAGUUGAAUAUAUAUAGGGAUUUCUUUAUAA